GUUCAUCUUCUGUUUAUUGAUAUAGUUGAGGGAUGGGGGUUUUCAGACCUUAAGGCACGCAAUACAGCUUUAGGCCCUGUUGCCAUGGCACCCCUCCCGGCUCCACAUUGCGACCAAGGCAUGCCAUUAUUCUCCCCCUGUCGAAAUGUGCCGCUUCUUCUGACUCGAGUUAUUGUGGAGCACACAAGUGGUCCUCAGAAGAAAAUAGCAUUGCAAAGAAAGGCUGAGGUCAGGGGUCACAUUAGAGCCUUCCCAUCAGGAACCACGUUUUUGUGAUCAAAUUUGUUGGGAGACACGAAAAGAGCCAGAGUAUCAUAGCUCAAACGGACUGAGGCGCAGAGACAGCAGAAUACGCCUGCCACCAUUACCGCAGCCCAGUUUAAGAGAGUUACAACUCCAUUAAACUCUGCCCUCUAAACAGAAGCUCCCGGUUAGCCUUUUGCUUUCAACCAACUGUAAGUAACUCACACCAGCAGCCAAACUCUCUCUCUCCUCUGAUUUGCUCCUGUCUCCGACUUCACUGCUGCACGGACUGCUGAGAGAUUAACACUCUGACUGAAUGUGUUGUUCCUGGAUUAAGCAGUUACUUCAUUUUUCAUUUUAUACCACACACCAGAGGAUCAGAGCCAUGAGUCAACAUCUGGAUUCCUUCUGGUCAUCACGCCUUUGUUUUUCUCUCUACUGAAGCAAAGUUCAGGACAGCUUUUAAUUUAUUUCGAAGUUUAUCGGUUUCAAUUAUUGGAGGGUUUGGCAUGCUCUGGGAUUUGAAGAUUGUUCUCCCCCUCAGUUACAAAUCUGCAGGCAAAACCCCGAAGGACCUUGAGACACUCCUAUAUUUACAUGCCUAUGUAACGAAGAUGGAUUCCUCCCUGACAGAAAUUCCCAACUUGCUGUCCAACCAAUCCAUGGAUAGCUGUCCAUCUGUGGAUAAUACAGUGGAGAACACGGUCUUUGGACUCUACUACAUCAUAGUUUUCCUCUUGGCCCUAAACGGCAAUAGUCUCGCCUUGUGGAUCUUUUUGCGUCAGAGAGGCUCUUCUUCCCCAGCCAAUGUCUUUUUGCUCCACCUUGCUGUGGCUGACCUGUCAUAUGUCUUUAUUUUACCCCUCAGGGCCACUUAUCAUUUAACCGGGGGCCACUGGCCAUUCGGCGAAGUCCCUUGUCGUCUCGCAGGCUUUCUCUUUUAUGUAAACAUGUACGCCAGUUUAUACUUCCUGGCUUGUGUUGCGGGUGACAGAUACCUUGCUGUAGUGCAUGCCGUACGUUCCCUCAAGGUCAGACGCCCUCGAUACGCUCACAUAGCUAGCUUAGCGCUAUGGGCUUUGGUGACAGUCUCUAUGGCGCCCCUACUGGUCACCCAGCAGACCGCAGAGGUGAACGGCUCUACCGUAUGCCUACAGCUGUACAGAGAAAAGGCCUCACGUCGUGCUCUCAUCUCCCUCGCUGUGGCGUUCACGCCCCCUUUCGUUGCCACCCUAUCCUGCUACCUGCUGAUAGUGCACAGUCUGCGGAAAGGUUUGAGGCUGGAGCCUGCGCUAAAACUUCGAGCUCUACGCACGAUCGGCCUGGUCAUGCUUAUCUACAUUGUGUGCUUUCUGCCUUAUCACUUAAGCCGUGCAACAUUUAUUCUGGGUUAUGGACACCCACACCUAUCCUGCCAAGUGAAAAGAGGGCUUGCUUUGGCCAAUCGUCUUACUUCCUCUCUAACCUGCCUGAAUGGGGCUUUGGAUCCUCUGGUGUACCUGUUUGCUGCUGAAAAGUUUAGGGGGAGCGUUCAAAGACUUCUCUGCAGGGAUAAGUCAGGAGGGUCAGGCGCUAACAGUGGAGAUCUGAAAGGUACACAUGAGAGCUCCCUGAGUGCCAAGUCAGAGUUCUGAUUAAAGUGUUCAUAAAUGAUUUGAGUAUUUACCCAUAUUUCCUGAUUGCAUACAUGUUGUAUGCAUGGUCGAUUAAAGAUCAGGAAUAACUUUAAACAGCCUUAUGUAUCACCAAACAUGUGACUUGGGUAUGUUGAAGUGAAAGUAAUUUGAGACAAGACUGUGAAGACAAAUGACUGGAAUUUAUUUCACAGUACUAGUAACAUCUAAGUUAAUGUUAAUGUUUGUUGCAAGCUGCAAAACAAUAAUGGCUAAAAAGACAUGACUUAUGUAUAAGAUUGAGUUUUGCCCUUUGGAAUACUGUGGUGUUUUUAUAAGCAUUUACCUGACAUGUUUGACGUAAGUUUUUGCUGUACUUUUGCUUUUACUUAAGUUUUGCUGUUAGCAGAUACAAUAACAUCCUAAGUGAAAUCAGUGUGAAACUCACUAAUAACUGUACAUAUAAAAGAUAUGUAUUAUUGUUGGCCACGUGGUACUGAUAUUAUAGCACUGUCGGUUGUAAAACUGUGGUAAGAAUAUGUAAAAGGUUAACUGUGCUAAUAUUUCUUUAUAUAAUUCCUUGACAGCUUGAUAUUAAAGGGGACAUAUUAUGAAAAUCUGACUUUUCCCAUGUUUAAGUGCUAUAAUUGGGUUUAUUAACCUAGAAAAUGUAAAAAAGAUCAACCCGGUAACUUAGUUUUGGUAAACCAUUCUCUGCAAGCAUGUAAAAUAAUAGGCAAUUGAAAUUUGGCCCCAUAAUCUGCACUAUUUAACCACUGCACUGCCAUUUAGUGCAAAGAUCAGCUCAUUUGCAUUUAAAAGGACGCACCCAAAAACGACACGUUUUUGCUCACACCUUAAAAGUGGCAAUUUUGCUAUAAUAAAUGAUCUUACGUAUAUGGUAUUUUGAGCUAGAACUUCACAUACGUACUCAGGGGACACCAAAGAUUUAUAUGACAUCUUAAAGUGGUCUUGUGAAAUGUCUCAGCCUUAUGUCAUUCUAAACCUGUAUGAAUAUUUCAAGGAAUAGAAGAAAGUUUUUUAUAAAGGUUUUAAACAACAAGAGGGUGAAUAUAAAGUAAAAAUGAAUGCAUGUGCACUUCAUGUAAUACAGUCAAUCAAAAUGAUAAAAUUCAUGAAGUUCCUGUAAUAAUUAAAUAUAUUAGACCCUUCUUAAAUUAAUAAAAUUUUGAAUUUUUUGUCACUUGUUAAAGAUGUCAUACAUGUUGAUUUUUAUGAUUCUUUUUAAUCAUUGUAACAAGGGAUGUACCGAUAUAUCGGCCUGUAAUCUGUAUCUCCAGAUUAAAGCACUUUUUCACACUAUUAAAAAUAAUCACACAC